AUGGGUGGCGUGCAUUUCAUCGCGAAAUGCUGCUAUGAUACGAGCUACAACUCGCGGGCCCAGUCGGGCAACAAGACUGUAAUCCUGGCACACGGGAUUGCCGCCUGUUCCCUGCAGAAUCGGAUCAAGCCCGGCACUGAUGCAGGGUGUUAUCUGCCGUGUUGCAGAAGCGAGGGUUGGAAUACCGCCUGGGCAUCGAUCGAGGCGGUGGUCACCUCCCCCGAGCUUCUACGAAAUACUUUAGAGCUGGAGCAAACACCUGGCAAGCUCAAAAGUGGCCGUGAGGUGUUCGUCACCAAGGAGCAGGAUGGGGUUGAGGUUCGACCAUAUCCUGGCUUAGAUGGAGUUGCUGCGAUCAACCCAUCCGAGGAAGUCAUGAUUCCUGUUUUGUAUGAGUUGAUCGAGAAGCUCGUAGACCGCUUUCGACUCCAAUCUGCGAGUUAUGACUGGCGACGAUGGGGGGACCUGAGCUUCAUGGAGUGCUACGCGGAGUCUUUGGCAAAACAGGUAGAAGAAGAGUUCACGCUUACGCAGCAGCCUGUUACGUUGAUUGGUCACUCGAUGGGCUGUUCCGUGCUUCUUUACGUUCUGUCGACCAUGGGCGGUGCAUGGCAGCGGAAGUACCUGGACCAGGUCAUCUUUAUCACACCCGUCAUCAUGGGCUGCCCGAAGGGAUGUUCAGCCUACGCGCAUAAUCCAAUAGGCAUCAUUUCAGGUCUGGGCACUCUCCCCGAAGGAAUCGAAAAUUUCUGGAAGAAGGCCACCAUCUCCUCACCUGCCAUGGGCUGCUUGCUUCCCCUCACCGUUGGAGACACAGAAGCUUUUGAUCCGCAUCACAAGAUCGUCGUGACGCCAGAGCGCGGUUACACGGCCAAAGAGAUCAAAGAGUUUGUCGGAGACUUGGAGAAGGCUUUGGGAAAAGACGCCGCGCGCUUCGACUUCUUCCCUUAUGCUCAGGAGGUCUGGUCGAGUCUCCAGCCUCCGGCCGUCCCUUCACAUUUUCUUUAUGGCAGAAACAUGGACACCGUCAACCAGCUCACCUUCGAAACUGCAGAUUUUCAGGAUAUCCCAAAAAUAUCCCAGUAUGUGCCGGGCGAUGGAACAGUCACGGCAGCCAGCGCUGAGAGGCUACAAGCUGGAUGGGUUGAGAAAGGUGCCUCUGUCUUCCUUCAUGGUGCCCCUCCGGGCUGCCACGACGAACACCUGACAAUCGUGUCCUCUCCGUGGCUUCUGGACCUAGUGUCAGUGGACUUGAAGUUGGAGGCAGACCGGUUUUGGAAUGGUUUCGAUGAGUACCUGGAGCAGGCCCACCCUGGACACCGGCGCCAGCUUCUCCGAAACGAAUUCAUGGAGUUCCACCGAGGCAUGGUCGAAAAUCCCAACCUAGACGAGCUGGAGGACCUGGCGAAGAAGAUCCAUGAUUACUUUCAGGAAGAUGAGAUGAAACGAGCUGUUCAACUGGCUGAAGCUGCGAGUGCAGCAGGAGCAGACUCCUCACAGAAUUCCACUGGACUGGACGUAGCCAGCGACCUGGCGGAGCUGGGAACCCUGCAGGAGGCUUUCAGCAACAGCUUCCUAAUGAUCUUGGUCACCGAGCUGGGUGACGGCCCAAGAGCCAGAGCAGCCUUCAAGCUGUCGCCAGUCAGCAAAAGAGACGUUUGGUCGCAUGCUGACGAUGUGUUCGGCCUUUAUGGCUCAAGCAGCUGCAAUCGUCGGCAACGAAGUAGUGCAGCCGGUGAGUGGACUCGUGUUGAAGCGCGGUUGAAGCUUCCUGCUUUCUCGCAGCUGGUGUUUGAACACCCGGGUGUCUACCUACAUGCUGGCAAACGUUCUGCAUCGUGGUGGCUUUCUAAGCUGAGCCGCAGAACUCGGGGUGAUCCACCUGAGAAGGUGGCCGAGGUGCCCCCUGAUGUUUGGAUUCCCGGGACGAUGCCAGAUGCUCCGGACAUACCCAGGUGGAGACUGGAAAUGUUCGAGGGUCGGUUGCUGCUGUCGCUCAGCUGCGAUUUGUUGCACGAGUUAAGGCAAGUUCUUCGCAGCUCCUUCGCACACGAGCAGUCCGGUGGUGGCACCACGGACGUGAGACGGCCCAUACGUCCGGAUUCGCAGGAUUCUGCCGACCUGGACCCCAUCCUGGCCCUUGAUGACUUCACCGUGGCACUGCCAGACGGAUUUCCGGAUCAUGCCCAUCGUGGCUUUAUCACCAUGACCUACCUGCUGCCGUCUUCUCCGGGAGCCCUUUCGCACGAGGAUUUCCUAGGCAAUGCAGGCAUUCUUCAGCCCGGCGAUGCACAGUGGAUGACCUGUGGACGCGGGAUCCUACACUCCGAGGUGCCUGACAGCCGCUUCUUCGCACGGGGGCUUCAGAUGUGGAUCAAUCUGCCUGAGCAGGAGAAGAUGGUUGCUCCUGGGUAUUUGGAGCUGCCCCGAGGCAAGCAGCUGCGUGUGGCCGUGCCGGGCAUCACCGCGGCCAUCCUGGCUGGGAAGGCUUUGGGGCACUGCCAGGAGGGCACUCACCAUGGCCCUGGGUUGGCGGUCCACUUCACCAUGGAGCCCUUUGCGCUCCUCCACCAGUUGAUUCCAGAAGGACAUUCAGCCUUCAUCUACACCCUUCUGGGCCAAGUUCUGGUUGCGGAUGUGACGGCAGAUGCGAACCAUUGCCUCGUCCUCAGUGCCGCUCCUGGGGAAGACGGUGUUACCGUUCGCACGGGAUCUUCCGAAGCUUCCUUCUUCCUCUGUGCGGCGAAGCCUUUGCGCGAACCGGUCGUGUGGCAGGGACCCUUUGUCAUGUGCAGCGAAGAGCAGAUCCGCCAGUCUAUGCUAGACUACCAGUGCGAUCGGAAUGGCUUCGAGGGGGCGAGCUCGUGGAGCUCCAAGAACAAAUUCAGAAUGGCUCAUUGA